CAGCAUAAAAGGAAAGCCAUAGUAAUUUUUGUACAAGCAAACUGGGUUCACCAUGAAUGUCAUAAUUGUAUGUCUUUGUCUGUGUUUUUACUUUACAACAGCAAAAGUUGUAGGCCCAUCUAUUGUAACAACAGAAACAACUGUGGCAGCUAGCAAUGCUGCUGAUGUUGUCAAGGCUACCACCACUAAUGCCACUAGCAGUGUGCAAUCAACCAUAGCGGCCACACCCCAGAAACCGACACCAAGCCGCUCAUUUGCGCACGAGGCGCGCCUGGACGAGGAUGGAGCAUAUUGGCUGUUCUGGGACUCAAAUGAGACUCAUGUCACAUUUGAGACCCAUGUCAAAACUCGGGGAUACGUCGGGUUUGGACUUUCCGGGAAUGGACAGAUGUUUCCAGGUGAUGUAAUUGUCGGCUGGGUCAAGGACGGAGUCACACACUUCAAGGACUGUCACACAGUUGCUCACGUGAUGCCGAAGGAGGACGACUCACAAGACUGGGUUUUAUUGCACGGAGAAGAAAAUGAUUUUGGAACCAUACUCAGAUUCACACGAAAGCUUGACACCUGUGAUGACGACGAUUUCAAAAUAACCGACGAUACCAUCAGAGUCAUAUUUUCGUACCACCCGGAUGAUCCAGUACACAUUACGUCACUUCCGUGGCACGGGGUUGCUCGGAGGGGAUCACGGGCUCUGUUGCUACUUUCUGCCACGUCUGCUUCUGCAGUUACAAUGCCGGCGGAUCUCCAGUCUUUCGGUUUUGUGAAAACCAACUACCACGUGCCUUCUGCUGGAACAACAUACCAUUGCUCCACCUUUCGACUCCCAAACCUCAACCAGAAACAUCACAUGAUAAAGUAUGAGCCGUACGUGCAGAAAGGCAACGAGAAGCACGUGCAUCACAUUGUAUUGUAUUUCUACGAUAGAGAGAUAGACAGACAAUACGACAAUCUUAACUUCGACUGUACCAAAGGAAAAAGUACACCGGAAGCAUUAAGGGGCAUGCGUAGUAUUUUCCUCGUUUGGGCCGUCGGAGGUGGUACCUACUAUCUGCCGGAGCAUGUGGGCAUUCCCCUCGGUACCAGUGAUGAUCCUAAGUUCUUUGUAAUGGAGACACACUAUGACAACCCAACACGUAAAACAGAUAUCGUUGACAGUUCAGGCAUCAUCAUUUCCUACACGACACAGAUACGUCAACAUGACGCUGGCAUGAUUUACGCUGGUUCGAGGGUUAGUCCCAGACAAAUCGUCCCACCCUAUGAGAAAGCGUUUGUAACGCGCAGCUACUGUCCAGAAGAAUGCCUCGAUCAGACACUACCAGAUGAAGGCGUCAAAGUUUUUGCCGUAUUCCAACAUGCGCACUUGCUGGGAACUGCCAUUAAGACACGUCACUUCCGGAAUGGAACAGAGCUUGAACCGUUCGCAAAUGAUAAACACUACGACUUUGAUUUCCAAGAUAUCAGAGCAAAAAAACAUGAAAUCAGCAUUCAAAAGGGUGAUAGCGUUUCUGUUGAAUGUACCUACGACUCGCGGUAUAAAACAAAACCUACUUUUGGUGGCAUUUCGACACAAGAGGAGAUGUGUGUCAGCAUGCUAUUAUUUUAUCCACGAACCAAGUUGAACGGCUGUGUUAGUUCGCCUAAAUUUGAAGCUAUCAAUACGAACAAUUCCUACCUGGCAGUUGAGACAAUGAAGCAAUGGGAUUGGUCCCUACCCUCUGUGCGACGUCAUUUUAAAUCCAUUCUUGCAGAAACCGACUAUGAUAUGAUCUGUACUAGGAUUCAUAUGAAUCAUCUACACUACACUAAGAAAAGGAUAGUACCAACAACCACAUACCGGGAACCGAGGGGAAACUGUCCUACCCAGUAAUGGUGACCAACCCAAUGUAUUUUUCAAGCUACUCCUCAAUAAACAGCAAACCAUCGGCAAUUUAUCACUUUUUGUAAGCAUACUGACUGUUCGCACUUGCGAGUUUCUACUGUAUAUGUAUGGAUGUGAGAAAAAUUGAUUAUACGAAAUAAUCUUAUAUCAGUGUCUUUAAAUGAUUGAUACGAUUAUUAUAUUGCACAGUUAUGUGCAUGUGUGGUACUAUAGACAAUUAUAAUAAUGCCUGAAAUAUGUUCAUGUUUAUGUUAUAAUUGUCAUAAUAAGCUCUUUAUUUUUUAUCAAUGUCUCACUCUAUGAUUAAAAUUAUUUUUGUUGUCUGAUUUUUUGUAACUUUGUUAAUAAAUGACUGUUUUGCAAUUCUA